CCUCUUUGGAUUUGAGACAAGCAACACCUUGUCUCCAGACACAGAGGACGACAGCUUCAGAGACCUCAUUGAACAUCUUCCUCCUCCAGAAAAGAUGGCUGGCCUGUGUUGGAUGGCUGUGGUGCUGGUCUUCAGCCUGUCUGUUGGAAACACUGAGGCUAUGGAUCAGAAUAAGCUUGAAAAAAUUGUAAAAUACAUCAUGGACACGUACUCAACAAAAACCAAUAGCGGACAUAUAAAACACUACAGUUUGGCUGUAAACAUCCCAGAGAACCAGGACCUGAACAGGCUUCAGGACCUCUUCAAAGCUGAUGACUUGAAAAAAAAGGAAGUGUACACAAGUACCAUUGUGGUUACAGCAAGGCCUCUAAAGCAUGAGCAUGCAGAGGCACGAGUACUGGCCAACAUACAACCUUUAGCUGACAGUAGUGAGGGUAAAAGUCUGGUCUUCUAUUCUUACCUUUCUCCAUGUGGCCACAAGUGUACAGACCCAGAACAUGACGAUAAUAUCCUGAAAUUGAUUAAUGAGACGUUUCCAAAAGGCAAAUGGGCAGAACAUGUUUUUGUGUUUUCCACAAUAUACAUAGAUCAAAACCAUGAAUUGUCUGACGAUGAAAUUAGAGACGUCCUUAAGAAACUUGGAGGAACUGCAUUACAUUACAACAUAUUCCGUUGUGACAACUCAUACAACGCUCAAGCAUCAGACCAUUCAGGUCCAUUCCAAUGCAUCAAGUGCUUCAGCAAUGGAGCUCCAGAACCUUUUGAUGAACGUUGUAUUAAAAAAGAAUUCAUACAGACAUAAAUGUGUAAAACCCAACAGGGGCUGUGGUAGAGUUGCCAUGGAGUAGAGGAGUUCUGGCCACUACUGUUUUAGGCCCAACUGAUGGGAAUCAAACACAAACACAACUGGAUCUAUACUGAAAUUACAUUUAUAGAAAUUGUUUGAUUUAUGCCUAACGAUGCGCUUUCUCCUUUAAACUACAGUACAAGCUUAAUAAAGUGACACGCUGGGGACACAAACACAUCUCAGAAGUUUGCUUUGGUCCAAUCAUUAAGCAGCAUUUUCCUGCACACGAGGUUUUAAGUGAUUGUUUACCUUAACACGGACUGAUUUUGGGGUUGUUCCAUUUAACUGUUGUGAAUUACCAAAUGCCUGCUCUUAAUGGUUGAGUCUCUUUAAAUCAGAGUGUGGUCUAGACUUACUCUAUCUGUAAAGUGUCCUGAGAUAACUACUGUUAUAAUUAAUACGAAUCAUGUCCUUCAAUGACUCUCAGUGGUUUUAGGUUAAGAGGAAUGUUCUGUCCUAUCCAAAUAAAAAACUAAACUAACUGAAAUACGGUAGACUGCUGCGGAGUUUAAACAGCCAGACAAUUACAUGUUUAAGUGUAUUAUAAUUAUUGCCAAUAUAAACCAUAUUGAAAAGAUUUGAGAUUUUGAACUGAGAUUUGGUGAAAAAGUAGGCUGACUCCAUUCAACCUAAACAGUUACUGUAACGCCGAGAAUAAAACUAAACAUAUUCUACCCUAUUUCAAAAAGUCAAAGAGUAAAAAUGUUGUUUAUCAAAUAAUAAUGUUAAAUGUGGAUGUUUAAUGUGUAUCAAUGUCAUUGUACUCAAUACUUG